AUGCUACCUAAUUUAAGAAAUCUGCAAAAAACAAGACCAACUGCUACAACUCCUGAUAUAUCUUAAAAGAGGAUGCUUUUAUAAAAAAGUGAGCAUCAUGAUGUUUACUCUUUAAAAUCUUAAAUUGAAUCUUUAUAAAAAUAACUAGAAUAUGUUUAAACAAAUAAAUCAUUUGUAAUGAAGAUAACUUCUCCAUCCUCAUGUACAUAAUGUUAAAAAUUUAAAGUAACUAUUUAUUCAUAUUUUCUAGCAAUAAUUAGAUCUUUAAUAACUAAAUGAAAAAAUUACAAAAAAGAAUUAUGAAUAGAAAAUUGAUGAAUUACUAAAAUAAACUCAAAAAGUUUCUAAUUCUAAAUGCAAAACAAAUGAAUUAGAUACAAGAUAUGAUGAUUUACUAUUUAAAUUGAAAUAAAUUUAUUAAUAUGAAUUACUAAUAACAGAUGACAAUAAUAUAAAUGUAAAUAAUAUUUAGAAAAUUUAAUUUUCAUACAAGAACUCUUAAGAAUAGAAUCAAUAAUAUAUUUAAUAAUUACUUUAAUAAAUUGAAGAACAAGAUAAAAUUAUAAAAAAAGAUGCCCUUUUAUUAAAAAAUGCAAAUAUACAAAAUGACUAAUAAAAAAAUCUCAUCUCAAAUCUUCAAAAUUAGUUAGAGAAUAUUAAAAAACAAUUAAAGGAUUAUUAAGAAAUAAAUAAAAAACCUAUAUAAACUUUACCUAAUGAACUCUCUCCAAAAUAAUAAACCAAUCCUCAAUAAGAUAAAUCUCUCUUAUAAUAAUUAUUAUUUUAAAAUUAAUCUCUUAAAGAAAAACUAAUUUAAUAGAAUCAUUAAAUUGAUAAAUCUGCUUAAGAAAAUUAAAUUUAAAAACAUUUAUUGAGAAUUGAAGUCUUAGAAACUGAACUUAAAUUAAGUCUUCGUUGUUGUAGAUGCUAAAAUCUAUUUGAAAAACCACGUACUUAUAUUCCUUGUGGACACUCCUGUUGUGAAAAGUGUUAUAAAUAUAAAUGUGAUUCUUGUGAUACAGAAGCAGUCUAUAGGAAUAGACAAUUCGAUGAAUUAAUAAGAGUAUAUUAUAUUAUAAAGGAUACUAAAACAUUCAUUCAAGAAUGUUUAUUGAGAUUGUAAGGUUGA